AUGCUCGAAGAUGCCAACGAUCCCAAGCCAGACAUGGAUGGUGUCUAUAACGAUCCAGACGCCGAUCUAACCUUGAUCUCUUCGGACAACAUCGCUUUCAAAAUCUACACCUAUCAUCUGGGUACGAGCCCGGUCCUUGUGGACAUGGUGAAAUCACUUCCUUGUUCCGACUCCAUUAUCUCCUUCUCUGAUCCGCAGAUGGAAGAUUCGGAUGCAAUACGAUAUAUCCUCAACAUACUUCAUAAUCGACAUUCCCUUCUUGAUGUCGACCACCUGGGUAUCUUCCGAAAUACUAUCGCAUUCGUCAAGAAGUACGAAAUGUUACUGCUUGAACCUUAUCUCGCAUAUCAAUUACAACGAUACCUCGAUAAUAACGGUGGCAAGGCUCGAUACGUUUUCAUCUUGGCGGCAGAAUUGGACAACGUUUCUAUCGCUGCGGCCGCCAUCCAGAAAGGUGCGCAAGGUAUUUUCGUUCAGAACAAUGCGAAAAGCUUCCCCGACAAGUGGUUCACCCGAGAACAACUCAACGAGCGAGAACGAUUGAAACCUCACGUCAGAUGGGGAUUUGUUGACGGAUCAUGGAUGAUGGAUCCCGCAGCUUGGCCUUUAUGGGAAUUACGUCGAGUUCCAUUCGACUAUCUCUCCGCUUUGAUUCGUACCCACGCAAAGUUUCCCUUUGGUCAAGAUAAGUCAGACGAUCAAGAUGCCGCAGAAUACUUUAUUCGACUCAUGGACGACUUGAAAAUCUAG